AUGGCCCAAGACGCGUUGGCAGAGGCAGGCUGUUAUUUCGAUGAACUCAACAAGCUACGUGCGCUUGAGCCAGAGGUCAGCCAAAAGACGUCGGAGCUCAAAGAAGACUGCAAAGAUUUUCUGGACAAAAUCGUGCAGUUUCUGAAGAUAGUCAGCGGUCUCAUGGAGCUGGUGGACAAACUGGCAAACGAGACGGAGAGAGAAAAACUGAAGGCCCUCGGGACGAGAAACCUGCUGAAGUUUGUGGCGAAGCAAAGGGAGGCCCAGCAGCAGCAGCUGCAGGUUCUUAUUGUCGAGAAGAUGAUGCAGCUCGAGCGAUAUCGCGUUGAGUACGAAACCUUGUCCAAAGUGGAAUCGGAACAAAACGAGUUCAUCAAUCAGUACAUUCUGCAAAAGUGA